AGUCUCUUUGACAUUUUGCGUCUGUGGUGGUGACCUUGGCAUUGGCUAGCAUUAGUGUUGAGCUUGUUGAGCUGCUAUCAACACGCCUAAGCAGCCCGUUUCAGUCAUUGCUUUUUCUAGUAAUCUCCAUGAUCCAGUGGGAUAAUAUAAUACGCCAAACUUUGCAGAGACCUCACACUCAAUAAGACUUAGUGUUUGCUCGAUGUGCUCAUAUUCUCUUGAUUUCCCUAAAACUCUCUGUCAACAGCCAUAACUUCCUGCGAGUGUAGUGUCUGUAGUGGUGUUCACUAUUACUAAAGUCACGCUGUAACUACAUGUAGCUUGUUUUCAAGAGAGUCUGUUCGGAAAUGGAGGACUGCGUAAUUUGUGGAACUGGUCAGGAGGUGUUCGUCGUAGGCUCAUGCAACCAUCCUGUCUGCCUUCGAUGCAGUGCACGUUUGAGGAAACUCGCGAAGUCGACUCUCUGUCCCGUGUGUCGUGAAGACCUACCUCAGGUUGUGGCGACCAAGAGCGGCCGGGACUUUUCCAGCUUUAAAGACCUGAACUCCCUUCCUGGCAACCGUGAUCUGGGUAUCAGGUUUGAAGAUCGCUCGCUGCGUAGUAAUUUCAGUGUGCUGUUCGAGGCGAGAUGUAAUGUGUGUGGUGAUAGGCGUCAGCCAGACCCGUCGUUCGCUGUGCUGAAGGAUCACAUGCGCCGCGAGCAUGAGCAGUUCAGCUGCGACAUCUGCGAGGACAAUCUCAUGCUGUAUCCAGAGGAGAGACGCUUCUACAGUCGCGCAAGCCUAGCCCGCCACAGGCGUGUUGGUGAUGGUGAUGAUGAAGAGUCUGGUACGAGUCAUCGUGGACAUCCCGAGUGCGGCUUCUGCUGCCAGCGCUACUUCGACCAAGACACACUGUACGAGCAUUUGCGUAGAAAGCACUUCUGGUGCCACAUAUGCGAGCGGCAGAACAAGCAGCUCUACUUUGCGGACUACGAAGGUGUACGCGAUCACUUUGCGGAGGCGCAUUACUUGUGCACCUUGGACCACUGUGCCAGUGCUAAAUUCACCAACGUCUUUGCCAACAAGCUGGACCUGCAGGCCCACAAUGCCAAGGAGCACAGCGGCGCAAAGAGUCGCAGUGAGGCUCGGCAGAUGCGGCAAGUUGAUGUGACCAGUCUGUUUGCCUACCCUACCGCAGGCGGUGGUGCAUCUCCUGAUUGCCUCGAUGACGGUGCCACUGGCCGUAGCGGUGGGCGCCGACAGCCGGGCAAUCACAGACGGCACGCCGCUGAAGCUAGGGAAGAUGGUCGUCAUGCUGCUGCAAGCAGUGCAAGGAACCCUGCUACUGAGGAAGAAGAAUUAAGGUUGGGGGUGGCAAUGUCACUUAGCUUAGAAAAUGGGCAUGCUGCGAGUACCACCGGAGCUUCAGCACAAUCCAGAAAAAAGGGCAAGGCAAGAGGCUCAGCCAAGUCUGGCCGCAACUCAGCAGCAGCAGCAUCCGCAGUGGUAGAAGUACCAGCAGGAUCUUCAAUGGGCAUGUCAGCCAUGGAAGAACAUGAUAGGAGUGCAGUGCAGUCUCGUGCAGUUAGUUCAACAGCAGACUUUCCAAGCCUGGGAAGUGCACCAUCGGCUGAUGUGGUGCCCGAGUCUUAUGCUCAUCAACGGUAUUCGCCGCCAGCCACACGUUCUGCUGGAGAGACAUCUGCUGGAGAGGCAUCUGCGGCAGAGACUUGGGGAUCGUCUGCCCGACCUGGACGUGACGAUUUCCCCAGUCUUUCUGAAUCAGCAGCUGCACCAACUACCAGUGCUGCAGCUGGUGGUUAUUCUUCAAGACUAGCCGGACCCAACAUUCCUGCUCCUGCUGCCGCGGCCAAUAAACGAGCAGUGAAGGGUCCACCGCCGGGUUUACAGCAGUCGAAACAGGAGGAAUUCCCAUCACUGUCUUCGUCCAAACCAGUAUCAUCUUCAUCAUCACGACUGCAAGAGGAAUUUCCAUCCUUGCUACCGAAGUCCAGAGCACCUGCUCGAACCCAGAACUCUGCACCUCCACCUGGAUUUGCAGCUGUGGCUAGGCAAAGCCAAGCGGCCACGGACACUUCCCUGUCUGGCAGCAUUGCCGCCAGUGCACCGGAAUGGACUGUGAAGAAAGCUAGUAAAAAGAAGCCCGGUGCUACUGCCGGCAAUGUCACUUCCACCACGCUUGCUAAUGGAUAUGGUGUUAGUAACACCGGUGUAUCGUCAACAACUACCACUGCUACCACUGCUACACCCUCUGCUGCUGUAACAGCAAGCAGCAGACCACCACCAGGUCUUCGCCCACCAGAGCACACUAGCACAUCCACUGAUAUGGUAGGCCAGUCAACGAAACAGUCUCGCAAGCGUAAGACAUCUCCAAAGUCUACCCACCAAGAUCAACCAGCAGUAGCGACAAGUGUGGCAGCAUCGACUGCUGCUGCUAAACCAACAUCAGUGUACAACUCUAAUGAUAUUCCGGCCAUGUCGAAAGAAGAGUUUCGUAACUUAAUCAAGUUAACCGUGUGUUUCAAUGAAACCAUGUAUUCAGCAUUCACUAACGCUUGUGGUAGGUUUUACAAUGGGGAUAUGAGUGCCUCUGAGUACUACGAGGUCAUAGAGAACAUCUUUCAUUCCAAUUUAUCAGAAAUACUGCGGCCAUUACUUGCCCAGCUGCCCGAAGACAAGCGUCAAGCUCUUCUGGCAGCUAAGCAUGAUGUCCGUGCUACUAGAGUAGGCCAGGCGCAGGUCACCGCCGCACGUCCAGCACGUAAGAAGCCAAGUGCCUGGACAGCCACAUCCCCAGCAGCAGCAGCUCCUUCAAUGGCUGCAGAAGCAAUGCCGACCACCCGCCAAGCCAUCGGCAAUGACUUCCCCACUCUGGGCCAAGGUGAGGCGGUGCGCACGACCGGCAACGGCAGCACCAGCGCUUCAGGAGGGCAAUCCAGCAGGAGUGCUGACGACUUCCCAGCACUGUCCUCGGCACAGGCACCAUCUCGUAUGCUGUCCGGUUCCUGGGCCAAACGGUGAACAUCUAGCAUAUUUUCAAGUUUGUAGCGUGUCGGCCACAGUGUUUUUUUUAAUCAUCAAUUAAACAAGAGUGUGAUCAAUCCAUCCAUCUAUGGCUUCGCACUCGCGGCUUCGCACUUGCAGCUCCAUCAUACAUACAUACACACACGCACACACGCGCGCGCACACACACACGCGCACACACACACACACACAUAUUAUAUUUCUGGACGAUGUGGACUUUCUUGCUUUUCCUCUAACUUGUCGUGGUCCCAUGCGGUCGGUGUAAAGUUGUCAAUUGUGUUUAUUCUACAAGCUCAAGAUGUGACUAAGAAUGCCCAGUUUGUGAACGUUUAGCAUAUUUUCAAAUUUGUAGUGUGUUGACCGCAGUGUUUUUAUCAUUAAUUUAAAAAAAAAGUGCGAUCCAUCCAUCUAUGGCUUUGCACUCGCAGCUCCAUCAUACACGCACACACACACACGCACACAUUCCUGGACAAUGUGGACUUUCCUUGUAAUUUAUCAUGUUCCCAUGCAGUCGGUGUAAAGUUGUCGAUUGUGUGUUAUCCUACAAGCUCAAGAUGUGACUAUGAAUGCCCAGUUUUUACCACAAGGGCAUCAGGUGAUUUUACUUUUCUUGAUUUUUAUAAUCCUGAUCUUU